UUUUGGGUGAACGAGACAAACGGAGCGAUGCGCGUUUACCACUUGAAUCUAUUAGUGCUAAGUGCGGGCCUUUUGGUCCUACUGGCGAAAUCGGGGACCACGGCCCCCCAGGCGGAUGUGGAUGUACAGCAACUGACUCUGGCGGAUGUAAAUCGGGCCGAGGAGCAGCAGGAGAUGCCGGCAGUUCGCCUGGCCAGGCAAUUUGGAGGCGGUCGAGGAGGAUUUGGCAGAGGCGGCGGUGGAUUCGGCCGGAGGGGAGGCAGAGGAUUUUGCUGCGGCGGCGGCGGUGGGUUCCGGAGACCCGGUGGAUUUGGAAGAGGUGGAUACGGGGGUUUCGGAGGAGGAUUCCCGCCACCACCUCCACCGUCCUUCUUCGGAGGCCCCUUCUACGGCUAGGUGUUAUUAAUUUAAUGUGCAUACAUGUGAUACGAUCAGAGCAGGAUUAGCUGCUAAUAAAUCAACACGAGCUGCUGCUCUAAUUACCCGACCAAGUGCUGAACCAGUUUUUUAUGUGGCCCGUACUCUCUUUAAAUUUUCAUCACAAGUACUUAGCCAUCUUUAUAGGGGCUCUUGGCGGAAGCUAAUGCGAAAUACAGGGCUGCAGUAUUAAUGUUUGUCAUCAGCUUUUAGGAAAGAACUCAAUUUUUAGUGAAAAUAAAAAUAUUUCUAAGUUAUGGUCAUCCCUUAUGAAUUUUAAGUAUUUUAAAAGUUAAGCAACAUAAGCUUAGUUACAUUUAAUUGGUAUGAUGUAUGCAACUUAAAAUCAAUUAAAAUUUUACUUCAGUUUGUGGAUUUGAGUUUUAAUUUGUAUAUGCAGGGAUUUUCUUUAAAUAUAAAAAUAUUAUAAAAUAUAAGUUCUAU